AUGGAAGAAAAAGUUAUGAAUAAUGUCAGCGCUUCCUCAGACACGAAGGUCGGUGUAAAAGAACCAACAGCUGAAGCUACAAACUACCAAAAUAAAAGUGAGACGACCCAAAAUGCUUUAAGUAUUCCAACAAUUAAUGUUUCAAGUCAAAUAUCACAAAAAAAUGACGCGGACACAGCGGGUAGCAAGUUAGAGGGCUCAAAUGCUGCUUCUUUUUCCGACGCAGAACAAGACUCAGCGACAAUAAUAGCAAGUUUUUGGCGCUGCCAUCGCAAGUCUAGGGAAAAUAAAGGAAAAAUAUUAUCUGCCAAGUCGCGAGACAAACAUAAAAGAGCCGGAGGCGAUAAAGUUUGCAUGCAUCUAUCUGAUAAUUGUCCAGCAUGGACACAUUGGAAAGAAUUACUUGAAGCUAUCGAAGAACGGAUACGUAUGAAAAGCAUGAUGAAUGAACUUCCAAGCACCAAUCAAAAGUUGGGGAUCGCAAUUUCCGUGGUUGAGCGUAUCGCAAAGGGUGCCGCGAAAAAUCAACAUCUCUGGCUAAUAUUAGACACCGAGCAUUGGCUAGAGAUCUGUGAUAACCGUCAUCGAUAUGGAGCAAAUUUAAAGGUAUAUCAUGAUUAUUGGCUUAGCACAAACACACCAGAAAAUUUCUUUUAUUGGCUAGAUGAAGGAAAUGGCAAGGAUCUGAGUAUACCAGGAUGUGAACGAAGUCUAGUUGAACGUCAGCGAGUGAAGUAUCUUACACGCGAAGAGCGAUUAGAUUACGAAGUAAUAUUCAAGGAUGGAUUAUUAAUAUACAAGAAAAGCGAGAAACCUGUUCAUACCAAUCCACCUUCCAUCGACGGAGUUGGAUCAUCAGCCAUAGCAUCAUUACACGCAUCUGAAGCAUCUGAAAAUGACACCGGUCGCCCAUCAUCACCUACACCGAGCUCAACGGGCAGUCUAAAUGAAAAUGAUACAUCUCAUUUAACGCACAAACGUUAUGAUAGCGGCACGAACGGUGUGCGAGAAAAAUGGAUCUAUGUCACAGAUUGUCAAGGGAGAUUUUACGUGGGAAGAAAAAUCAAAGGUCAUUUUCACCACUCGUCAUUCCUUGCAGGUGGUGCUAUAUGUGCUGCCGGUGGAAUUAAAGUUCGUGAAGGAGAACUAAUUUCCAUCAAUCCAAAUUCGGGUCAUUACAAGCCAGCGCAACGCCAUUUCAAAGCUCUUAUUGAAAGAUUAAGCAAUAAUGGUGUAAAUAUAAGUAAUGUUAAAGUGGUCUAUCCUGACGACCUCACAGAGCAACGUCUAAUGGCAAAGUACAAGGUCAGACGUGUUGCACAAUUGAAAAUGAUGUACAACGCGUUUGGUCAAGAUGUAGAGCAAGCGGUCAAUCAACAAUUUGACUCUGUAGAUCGGUAUGUUACUAAAACGUCACAUGAUUUCAAGAAGAACAUAGAAUUAUUUCUUAGAGAGGGUAAAGAGACACUUCGUGAGUGGUUUGAUUUAACGAGCUCUGACCAUAAACCUCUCGAAAAUGAUGUCAAUCAUAAUCGGGUUGAAAAUAAUACCGGAGGAAGUGACCUUCUCGAGUCUAAUGGUCAACCUACAAGCGAUACAUGUGACAAAAAGAAAAUUAAGGUUAAACAUGAGCGGAAAUUUAGUGGGUUUUUACAGGAAAUUUUUACGGGCGUUGCAUUAUUUUUUACAACUCCCUUGGACCAAAAAAACACAGUCGCGGCCAAAAAAGAUAAUGAACACAAUGAGCUAGUGGAUGAACCUGUUAAUUUAUCCUCAGAAAGUACUGUGCAAUAUAGAGUAGUCGCAUAA